AUGGGAGUAAAUACAAGAUAUAUCGGGGCCACCACUAGAAUGCUUUCCAGCCGCCUUGAUGAGCACCAAGACGAUGUUAUGAGGGGAAGACACACCACCGAGCUCGCAAAAAAGCCAAAAACACAUAAGACAAACUGGCCGUUACGUCCUCUGGUAAACAAACGGUCUCAUCCCACCUAUUAUUUAGAAAAAGUGCUUGCCAAAUGCCUUCGCGCAAUAGUUCCGGAAUCCCCAUAUGUCACUCCCUCUUCUGUAGUUGCUAAAUCCACCAUUGCUUCAAGUAUUGGGGCACUACAGCCAUGCACCUAUACCUUCUACAAGCUAGAUGUAAUAUCCUUAUAUCCUUCUGUGCCCACCUUUGAGGCUGUAAUGCUGGCUAAUUCGCUGCUUCUAAAAGAGGGCUUUAACAUCCAACAGGUGCUCGAUAUACGUGAUGCCCUCACCUUCGUCACCGAGCACAAUUACUUCUGUUUCAAUCGAAAGAUCUAUUUGCAAAAACAAGGGGUCCCAAUGGGUUCCCCUUUAUCCGCUAUCCUAGCGGAACUUGUUAUGAGAGAGAUAGAGCGCAGAACGUUCGAUUUCCCGCUUGCCAUCCAUUACCCGAGACUGUAUUUGCGUUAUGUUGACGACAUCCUCAUAGCAUGGGAGGACACAGAGGAGUCGUUCCUCAUCUUCAUGCAACAACUCGCAAGUAUAUAUCCUUCCAUCAAUUUCACUUGGGAAAAAGAAAGGGAUGCGGAAGUAGCGUUCUUAGACUUGCAUAUACGUAAAUUCGCGGAAGGACUACAAUUCUCGGUCUAUCACAAAUCUGGCAUGGCCCCGCACAUUAUACCAGCUGAGGCCUUUCAGCCUUCUCGAUACGUUAACACUGCCAUUGCCUCCCUUGUCAGAAGGGCUUAUUUACUGUCGUCUACGCAGGAGCUGAUAAACGUCGAAUUAGAGAUCAUCGAUAUGGCGGUACGCGCUGCGGGCUUUUCGCGUGCAAAGUUUACGUAUGUGCUCAAUAAGGUAAACAAGGCACUGUUUCCAUGUACUACUUUAUGCAGCAAAAGAGAAUCUUCAAAGGUUCAAGUAGCGUUGCCUUACUUUGGACCCAUAUCUUUACGUAUCUGCAGAAUCUUUAAGCAGCACAACCUUGUUCUACCUUUAACCCCACUUCCAAGCCUACGCAAACUUAUUUGCAAUGAUAGAGACAAAUUUUCCAUUCUUGAGAAAUCGGGGGUCUAUGCUGUACCGUUGGAAAAUCAGGCAAUGGGAGUAAACACAAGAUAUAUCGGGGCCACCACUAGAAUGCUUUCCAGCCGCCUUGAUGAGCACCAAGACGAUAUUAUGAGGGAAAGACACACCACCGAGCUCGCAAAAAAGGUACUUGAGCAGGGUUACAACCCGCUAUGGUCCCAAGCGGUUAUGCUCAAGAGCUGCAAAGAUCGAAAAACUGUUUUUAUAUGGGAAUCUCUCCUCACUACCACCUUGGACACUUGCAACACCCCUACGCUUGAGCUGCCUAGUGUAUGGGUCACGUUGUACAAGCGAUUAGGCGGGUAUUCGUAG